AUGUCGUCACCAACAGAGUUCAGUGCAGCUACUGAUCAAUUCGUUGAUCCGUUGGGUUCGAAUAUAAUCGAGACCACUACCAAAGCUGCUGCUGCCGCUGCCGCUGCUGGGAAUAAUACUGCAGCAGACCAAAAUGUUAAUGAUGAUAGUAAUGAGGACAGGAAUGAAGAUAACGGAGAAGAAAAUGAACACCCACAGCAAGGAUUGAUCUUCCAGGGUAUGUCAUUUUAUGUCAACAGAGAUUCAUCUGCUAAUGACUCAGCAAAUGAUAUUGAUCGAUUACAUCAAUUGGUCGAAUCUCGCGGCGGUACCGUUCUGCAUGAAAUGCCAAUCAAGGAGCUUAUAGGGCCUGGUGUGUUUAUUGUUUCUCCAUAUAAUGACACUAGACUCCCCACUGUAAAUCCAACGUAUAUCAGAGCGUGUUGUCAGAACGGGACACUUUUAGAUAUUGGGAACUAUUUGGUUCCAUUUGAUGAGUAUAGAUCUGUCAUAGAUACAGAAUUACAAGACGAACAGAAUAGACAUCAAGAGCAACAACAGGAACAGAGAAAUCAGGAAGACGAAUCGCGAAACCAGCAAAAACCAGAUCAAACCCAGAUUAUCGGUGGUUCUGUAAACACUAAACCACACUACCAGGCCGAAGGACCGCAGAAUUUACCGAACGAGGAUCAAAUGGAAAAGCAAAAUCAUGGAGAAGAAAUACAGGAAGAUCCAGAAGAAGAACAACAGCAGCCGCUGGCGGAGGUUGAACAAAAAGUUAGAACUAAUGAGGGAUCACCCAAUGACGUGUCGCUCGAGAAUGGAUACGAUUCUUCAUCAAGGUCAAUGUUAGCGAGGUCGAAUUUAGCGACACAUAAUAAGGCAUCAUUUACGGAACAAGAAGAUGAAUUCAUUUUAGAUGUCGUUAGGAAAAAUCCGACUAGACGUACCACACAUACCCUUUACGAUGAAAUUUCCCAUUAUGUUCCUAACCACACGGGGAAUUCUAUUAGACAUAGGUUCAGAGUUUACUUGUCCAAGAGAUUAGAAUACGUUUAUGAAGUGGACAAAGAUGGGAAAUUAAUUAGAGAUGCAAAUGGGAAUUUAGUUCAUACCAAAGUUCUACCGCCAUCAAUAAAAAAGAAGUUUACAGCUGAAGAGGAUUACCAAUUAGCAAUUGGUAUCAAAAAGCAGUUUUACAGAGAUCUUUACCAAAUUGACCCGGAUACGGGUGUUUCUUUGAUUUCCGAUGAAGAUAGUCCGACGGCGAUUGCGAAACGUAACAUGACAAUGGAUCCAAACCAUGUUCCAGGAACAGAACCAAAUUUCCAAGAUUAUAGAGUUAGUGAUCGUAGAGGUCCAAUUGCAAGAGAAUUCUUCAAACAUUUCGGUGAAUCUCAUCCAACCCACACAGAAAAUGCUUGGAGAGAUAGAUUUCGUAAAUUUUUACUUUCAUAUGGGAUUGACAAUUACAUUUAUUACUAUGAAAGAGAAUUAGGCCAUGGAAAUGACCCCGAACCGAUGAAGAAUUUAACCAACAGGGUUAAAAGACCUGGCAUCCCCACACCAGGCAACUACAAUUCCGCCAAGAAAGCUAGAUAUUCGAGUACAGAUUCGAGAAGUGCUGCUAGUUCACCCUCAAGUAAUGGUGAUGGUAAUGGAGGUAAUAACAGUGCAACCGUAGCAGCCGCCGCAGCCGCCGCAGCAGCAAUGGCUGCUGCUCAAAAUAACAAUGUAGAUGCUAACAAUGCAGCCGCGGCCGCAGCCGCAGCCGCAGGUGCAUCUGUACCAGCUAAUCAUUACGCUAUUCCUGAAAACGAAUUUCUCGAUGAAGAUACCAUUAAUUUCUUGACGAAUUUGAGGACAGAUCUGAACAAAGAUGAGAGUAAUGUACCAUUCGAAUAUCCUCAAGAGAUUGCAGAAGCCAUCCGCAACGAUUUUUCUAAUGAAGAAGCUAAUUUCGAUAACAUCGAUCCUGACUACAUCCCCUUCCCACCUCAAAUUGCCAGUAUCGAUCUUUUCUUACCACAGUUUUUCAACAUGAGAUCUACAAGAGAAUUUAUGGAAAAAAUUCAUGAAGUCAUAUCGAGAGAAUAUGAACCAUCGCAAGCUGAAAAAUUGGUACAGGAUCUGUGCGAUGAAGCAGGAGUUAGAAAAACGUUCAGUACAAGCAUUCUUACAGCUUUAUCUGGUGAUCUAAUGGUUUUCCCUCGUUAUUUCCUCAACAUGUUUAGAUAUAAUGUUAAUCCUCCACCAAGCGUACCUGGUAUAUGGACUAGGGAGGAUGAUAGAAUGCUGAUAUCCAAUAAGGACGAGGACAUCAGGAUCCUAACGAAAAAACAUGGUGCUGGUAGAAUUGAGAUGAGACGGAAAUUUGUGGAGAAAGAACUUAUAUGA